AUGUGUGAGCGCAGUCUCUACAGAGCGGGCUAUGUGGGCUCGCUUCUGAAUCUACAGUCGCCCGACUCCUUCUACUUUUCCAACCUGCGGCCGAAUGGCGGCCAGUUGGCCGCGCUUCCCUCCAUCUCAUACCCGCGCGGCGCGCUGCCCUGGGCCACCACGCCCGCCUCCUGCGCCCCUGCGCAGCCUGCCGGUGCCACCACCUUCGGCAGCUUUUCCCAGCCCUACCUGGCUGGCUCUGGGCCUCUUGGCCUGCAGCCCGUGGGCGCCAAGGACGGAUCCGAAGAACAGGCCAAGCUUUAUACUCCCGACGCGGCCGCCGGGCCGGAGGAACGUGGCCGUGCGCGGCCUCCCUUCAUCCCGGAGUCUAGCCUGGCCCCCGCGGCCGCUGCUCUCAAAGCGGCCAAGUACAACUACGCGGGUGUGGGCUGCGUCGCGCCGGGCUCUUCGGCCCUUCUCGAGGGGACACCCUGCUCCUCCGGCUUCAAGGACGAGACCAAGGGCCCGCUCAACUUGAACAUGACAGUGCAGGCGGCGGGCGUCGCCUCCUGCCUGCAACCUUCGCUGCCCGACGGCCUGCCGUGGGGGGCGGCCCCGGGGAGGGCCCGCAAGAAGCGGAAACCCUACACUAAGCAGCAGAUUGCGGAGCUGGAGAACGAAUUCCUUCUCAACGAAUUCAUCAACCGGCAGAAGCGCAAGGAAUUGUCCAACAGGCUGAACCUCAGCGACCAGCAAGUCAAAAUCUGGUUCCAGAACCGGCGUAUGAAGAAGAAGCGCGUGGUGCUGCGCGAGCAGGCGCUGGCGCUCUACUAGCUCCCGGCGUGGCGCGGCCGGGCCGGGCUGGGCCUGCCUGCUUUCACCAAGGCCUGGCGUGAAGGAAGUGAGGGGAUAGGGCUUUUCCUUCUGCUCCUUCUCCGCUGGUUCCAGGUACCCUCCCACUCAGACAGCAGCUCCAGAAGCCUGCAGGAGAUUUGUGUGGAGACCUGGCCGGUUGAGCAUCCACUCUUUCCCCUUUCUCAGAGAAGCCUGCAGAAGUUGCCGUACAACCUUGGCCUUGAGGCUUCCAGAGUGGGGGUCUGGAGUCAUCUGUCCUAACUCUUAGCUGGGGCAUUAUCAUACCCAGGGCUCACUCUAGUGUCCUUAUACUUGGAUUUCGGCUUCCACCUGAUUAGUCUUCUUCCCGCCCCCCUCCCCAGCCCUUUCCGCAUCUAGCAGGCACCUAACUAGAGCUCAGAGUGGAACUGAAUUUAGGAAGAACUCCCGGGCAGAUUAGAAAGGGCUGAGGGCACAAUUUUGUCUCUUUGCAGCCAAAGCCCCUUGUGGCAAAGCCAGAAUAUCGACUUUGGAGGAAGGAAAGGGCGCCGUUCCCCUCCUGCAUGCCCUGGUUGUUUUGGGAGGACAAUAGCCACCCUAGACCUUCGACUGCAGAAGGAAAAGGGAUUAAGGGGCACGGUGGCCAAACUCCAGAGACACCU